ACGUUUCCUAUCUGGAACUCUCAUUAUAUUUCUUACAUCAGCGGUCACAUAAUUUGGACCAUUUAGGUUGCUUCUUUGCAUAUCCUUUGUGUCACUCUUAUCUAUUUUACAAAAAACUUUCACAUGUUUUUGUUUUUCCCUAGUAUAGCCUUUGUCUUUCAUUUCAUUCCCUCUGCUUUCUAGUUUUCUUUUCCUUCAAUGGCUACUCUUGGUGAUAUUGGGGUGUCUGCCUUAAUCAAUAUUCUGACUGCAUUUGCAUUCUUGUUGGCUUUUGCUUUGCUGAGAAUUCAACCGGUUAACGACCGAGUUUACUUCCCUAAAUGGUACAUCAAUGGAGGAAGAUCAAGUCCGAGAAGCGGUGGGAACUUUGUGGCAAAGUUUGUAAACCUCAAUUUCAAGACUUAUCUCACGUUCCUAAAUUGGAUGCCUCAAGCUUUGAAGAUGAGUGAGAUCGAGCUUAUCAACCACGCCGGCCUCGACUCGGUUGUUUUCCUCAGAAUUUACUCUCUCGGAUUAAAGAUUUUUGUACCCAUAACACUUGUGGCACUCCUUAUCCUUAUUCCAGUGAAUGUGUCAAGUGGAACAUUAUUUUUCCUGAGGAAGGAAUUGGUUGUGAGUGACAUUGAUAAACUCUCAAUAUCAAAUGUUCGCCCGAAAUCCGAAAGGCGAGUUCAGCAUAUCUGUACUAAAUAUCUUUUUGCAGAUUAUCUAGCUUUUCUAAUGAGUUAUGGUGGACUUUACAGGUUCUUUGUUCAUAUAGGAUUGCAAUACUUGUUCACAGUUUGGAUUUGUUACAUGCUUUACAAGGAAUAUGAUAAUAUAGCGAAGAUGCGACUGCAGUUCUUGGCUGCACAAAGUAGGCGUGCUGAACAGUUCACGGUAGUUGUGAGGAAUGUGCCACAGAUUCCAGGUCACUCCAUGGCAGAUUCUCUGGACCAAUUCUUUAAAACAAAUCACCCUGAUACUUAUCUUUGUCACCAGCCAGUCUACGAUGCAACAAAAUUUGCUAGACUGGUGAGGAAAAGAGAUAGGCUUCAACAUUGGCUGGAUUAUAACCAGCUGAAGUUCGAAAGACAUCCCGAGAAGAGACCGACUAAAAAGACAGGGUUCCUCGGUUUAUGGGGUGAAAGAGUUGAUUCCAUUGAUUUCUACAGACAACAGAUAAAAGAAUUUGACAAAAACAUGGCACUAGAGUACCAGAAAGUUGUAAAAGACACAAAAUCCAUCCUGCCAGUUGCUUUCGUAUCGUUCAAAUCACGUUGGGGGGCUGCUGUUUGUGCGCAGACACAACAAAGCAGAAAUCCAAUCCUGUGGUUAACGAAUUGGGCACCAGAACCCCGUGAUGUUUAUUGGCGUAAUCUGGCCAUACCAUUUGUCUCGUUGACCAUUCGGAAACUAGUAAUAUCGUUAUCAGUAUUUGCACUGGUGUUUUUCUACAUGAUACCAAUCGCUUUCGUGCAAUCUCUUGCAAAUUUAGAGGGUCUCGAAAGAGUUGCUCCUUUCCUUAGGCCUGUUAUAGAACUGAAAUUCAUCAAAUCUUUCUUGCAAGGUUUCCUUCCUGGUCUCGCUCUAAAAAUUUUCUUGUAUAUAUUGCCUGCUAUACUGAUGAUCAUGUCAAAGAUUGAGGGACAUAUAGCUUUAUCGACUCUCGAGCGACGAACAUCAGCGAAGUAUUAUUAUUUUAUGUUGGUGAAUGUGUUCUUAGGGAGUAUAGUUACUGGAACAGCUUUCGAGCAAUUGCACUCUUUCCUUCACCAAUCGCCGACUCAGAUCCCCAGAACCAUAGGUGUAUCGAUACCGAUGAAGGCCACUUUCUUUAUUACAUUCAUAAUGGUUGACGGAUGGGCUGGUAUAGCCGGUGAGGUUCUCCGACUGAAACCAUUGGUUAUUUUUCAUCUUAAGAACAUGUUUCUGGUGAAGACCGAAAGGGACCGAGAAAAGGCCAUGGACCCUGGCAGUGUGGACUAUCCAGAAACUCUCCCAAGUCUCCAACUGUACUUCCUUUUGGGAAUUGUAUAUGCUGUGGUUACUCCCAUCCUUCUUCCUUUUAUGUUAGUCUUUUUUGCUUUCGCCUACGUGGUUUAUCGUCAUCAGAUAAUUAACGUCUACAAUCAACAAUACGAGAGUGGUGCUGCAUUCUGGCCUCAUGUUCACAGCCGCAUAAUAGCAAGCUUAGUGAUCUCCCAACUUCUACUAUUGGGUCUUCUCAGUACAAAACAGGCUGCUAAUUCAACUCCUCUGCUUGUAGCCUUACCUAUACUGACAUUAUACUUCCAAAAGUAUUGCAAAAACCGAUUCGAAUCCGCGUUCCGAAAGUAUCCGCUUGAGGAAGCAAUGACAAAGGACAUAACUGAUCGGACCACAGAACCUGAUAUAAACUUAACAACUUUCUUAACCGAUGCUUACUUGCACCCAAUUUUCCAAUCCUUCAAAGAAGAGGAAUUGGUAGAGGUUCGAGUCGAUAGGCACCAAUCUUACGCCGAUGAUGUCGAAACUAGUAACGAUCUCAGUUUCCCCUCCCCACCCCAAGAUAUCUAUCAUCAUAGCUUCUCACCCCAAUAUGCCUAUAAUUUUUCCUCCCCUACACAUUAUGGUUAUCAUUAUGAAGCAGAAGCAUGAAUGCUUAGGACUAAGAACUCAGAACCAAAUUUGUCAGUUUUUUAACUUACCACAAGCCAUUAAUGAUGAUUUCAUUUCAAUUCCUGUAAAUUAUUCUUUUAGAUUAAGCAUCGCAUUUUUUCUAGUAAGUUAUGGUUGAUGUUCCACCAUGCUGAAUUUGGUGU